AUGUCCACUGAUCGAGAAAUGGUUGAUAGAGGAACUGGUGCAAGUCCUCCUUGUUCACCAACACGUGAAGUUGCUUGUUCGCCAAUAAAUUUUCAUUCUGCAAUUGAAGUAUCAACAUGUGAGGAUUUUGAAGAUGAUUUAAUGAUCAACCAACACGUGAAGAUGAGAAAAGACCAUGUGAAGGUGAUGAAUAACAGUCGACCAAUAAUUCCAAUUCCAUCUUCUUCAAGUAACACAUCAAACAAUAGUACACCGAUUUUGGCAUCAUCUUCUUCGAUGAAUCCAAUACCGCUAAUGUCGAUUGGAUUCAAUAAUGGUUAUGGUUGUCAUUCGACUAAUGGUCCAUCAACAUUCAAAAAGAGUACAGACAAAAAGUGGCGCAAAACUCGAGAGUGGCCUGUUGAUCCACCAGCUCGUUAUCGUUUUAAAUAUUAUCAACGACGAGACAGAGUCAAUCGUCGACAUCAACUUCAUUAUCACCACCCUAAUCAUGAUUAUCAAUGUCAUUGUCAAUCAUGUAUUUCUGGACCUCCAACAACAACAUCAUCAGUUCAAUAUCGCCAUGAACACAAUCAAAUCAACCAUAAUGAUCAAAUCUGUUGUGUCUAUCGAGAUUAUUGUUGA